ACCCUGGCCUGUUAAUUUGACACAGGUGAAUGGUGUCCAUCCAGAAUGUAGAUUUCAGCUGGAGAUUCACAAGGAGGAAACAAGGUGCAUGGAACUUCUAAAGAAUGCAAAGCCAGUGGACUACAAAGGAUGUGUUGGAGUUUGGGAUAACAUCACCUGUUGGCGUCCUGCGAAGAUUGGAGAGACUGUCACUGUCCCUUGUCCAAAAAUAUUUAGCUUUUAUUCUGGCAAACCAGGAAAUAUUAGCAAAAAUUGUACAACUAAUGGAUGGUCAGAUAUUUUUCCUGACAUCUUUAGUACUUGUGGAUAUAAUGACUAUGAGGAUGAUUAUAAGGUCAACUUCUAUGUAAGGGUGAAGGCAAUUUAUACCCUUGGACACAGCGUAUCUCUGAUUGCUCUUACAACAGGAAGUAUAAUUCUUUGCCUUUUCAGAAAACUUCAUUGCACUCGGAACUACAUCCAUCUGAACCUGUUCCUCUCUUUCAUUCUAAGAGCAAUCUCUGUUUUAGUCAAGGAUGAUAUUCUCUAUUCCAGCUCCAACACAGCUCACUGUCCAGAGGAUCAAACCUCAUGGGUGGGCUGCAAGGCUAUUUUGGUGUUUUUUCAGUAUGGUGUUAUGGCAAACUUUUACUGGCUCUUAGUUGAAGGACUUUACCUCCACAUCCUCCUUGUGCUAAUAUUCUCCCCCAACAGACACUUCACAAUCUACCUGCUGAUUGGAUGGGGAAUUCCUACCAUAUUCAUUAUUACGUGGACAGUGACACGGAUCAUUUUAGAGGACACGGGUUGCUGGGAUACAAAUGAGCAUGGUGGUCCCUGGUGGGUUAUACGAAUACCAAUUUUAAUUUCUAUUAUAGUGAAUUUUAUACUUUUCAUUAGUAUUAUAAGAAUCUUACUGCAGAAGUUAAGAUCUCCAGAUGUUGGAGGAAAUGACCAGUCACAGUACAAGAGGCUUGCAAAAUCCACGUUGUUGCUUAUUCCAUUAUUUGGAGUUCACUACACAGUGUUUGCUCUAUUUCCUGACCGCAGUUCCAAUAAUUAUAAAAUAAUCUUUGAGUUGUGUUUGGGAUCUUUUCAGGGAUUGAUUGUUGCAGUCCUGUAUUGUUUUUUGAACAGUGAAGUGCAAGGGGAGCUGAAAAGAAAAUGGCGGAGUUUGUGCUGGAAGCAGACAGCAGGCAGAGAUUAUAGACUCCACAGCUCUUCGAUUUCUCGGAAUGGAUCAGAAAGCAUUUCUCAGCUUCACCGGAAUUCAAGGGCUCAGUCAUUUAUGCAGACAGAGACCACCAUGAUAUAAAUCAGCUAGGUCCCCCAAAACAUGAAAAACUGUGGGAUAUAUCAUUCAUUAUGCAGCUUGAUGUGAUAUUUUAUAAAAUGUACAGUUUAGUGCUUUGCUUUUCUACAUGUUGGUAUUUGGGAAAUUGGUUUGUGCAGCCAACCAGUUAAUAACAGAGACACCUGCCCUGUGGAUGCUUUCUGGUUUUUUUAAAUGGUAUUCAUAUUAAUUCUGAUGUUCUCUUGCCAUCUACUAGCCGUAACUCUUCAAAAACUCAUUUACUAUAAUGGUCCCUUUACCCUCCAACGUGUAUACAAGAUAGAUGUAUGGUAUCCUGUUCAAUGCAGACUGCUUUGGUACAUGUUGAAAAGGUUAAGAUGGGAAGCAAGAAAAUUUCUUAGACUUUAUUUAUACUUAAGGAAACAUGUCUUUCCUUAAGUAUUAGGAAAUUCUUUUUUAUGGAAAACAAAAAUAAAGAAAUAUAAGACUAUAAUUAACUGCACUGGGAGUUUAGUGUGCUAAUCCAAGAAAUCAUUAACAUUAUUUAUACAGAGG